CUUGGCAUGCAGACUGCUUCUACAAACAUUUGUGAAAGAAUGGGUUGCUCACAGGAGCUCAGUGAAUUCAAGCAUGGCACUGUGAUAAGUUGCCACCUGUGCAAUAAAUUCAUCUGUGAAAUUUCCUUGCUACUAAAUAUUCCACGGUCAACUGUUAAUGGUAUCCAUAACAAAGUGGAAGCAACUCGGCCACGAAGUAGUAGGCCACCACGCUGUCACUGGACUCUAGAGCAGUGGAGACGUGUUCUCUAAAGUGACAAAUCAUGCUUCUCUGUCUGGCAAUCAGACGGACGUGUGUGGGUUUGGUGGCUGCCAGGAAGAGGGUAUUUGGCUGACUGCAUUGUGCCAAGUAUAA